CCUUCCGCUUCCGGCGGCCGCACUGACGGCGGCGGGGCCCGGCCGCUCUGCGCGGCCGUGCCGGGCGGGAGGCAGGGGGAGAUGCAGUCGCCGGCGCUGCCGCGGCUCCUGGCGGGGCCGCUGCUGGUGCUGCUGGUGCUGCUGGAGGCCGCCCGCUGCGCGGAGGCUGCGGCCCCACGCCCCCGGAACGCCGCCGCUUCUUCCCCGCGCCCAACGGAGGCGGCCGGCGGGGCCUCCACGCGGAGCAGCGGCAACAGCAGCAGCAGCAGCAGCAGCAGCCGCCUGGCCGAGGUGUCGGCGCUGCCCGAGCAGGGUCAGCCCAUGACCCAGCGUGCCCUGUCCGUGCUGGUGCUGGCCAGCGCCGCCCUCAUCGUCUACUUCGUGAUCCGGACCGUGCGGCUCAGAAGGCAAAAUAGAAAAACCCGAAGAUACGGAGUUUUGGAUACGAACAUAGAAAACAUGGAGCUGACCCCAUUAGAACAAGAUGACGAUGAUGAUGAUACAACACUAUUCGAUGCCAGCCAUCCUCGAAGAGAAGUACGUGCCUUUCAAUGAAAGAAUUUAAUCUUAGAACCAGAGAAGGAGACUGCUUCAUGGGAGAAAUAAGAAGCAAGAGAGUAUGCAAGCAGGGGGGAACUAAUUUAAUUUGUGUAUUCUAUGGCAUCCUUAAUAUCUUGCAAUAAGUAAUGUAUCAAUUUGUUGUAUCUUUUUGUAUAUAGAGAGUCUCAAUGUAUAGCCUUUGGAGAGAGAGUACUAAUUGUGCUAAGAUAAAAACCUAUUUGAAAGGAAGAUUACUUGUAAACCAGUUAUUUUUUGCUUGUUGCAAGUCUUGUAUGCCAUUAAGUGUGGUAUACACUUCUUUUCUACAGUAACCUGGAAUGUUAAUUUUUUCUUCUGAUAUUAAAUUGUAAGUAAAUAAAGCCACUGUGGACCUCUCAGAACUGUUAGAACAUGAUUUUAAUUGAGGAGAUGAUUUAUUGUUUACCAAUAAAAAGCCAAACCACUGCCUUCUGUGUUGAGAAUUUAAAAAACCGAAUUAACAUGUUUUGUUCAUGUAAACUCCAGUGAAAAAUUAAAAUGUGUUUACAGUGCUCUUAGCAUUUAGUGUGAUGCUACAACACUAUACAUUUUAAGGAUACUUGGGAUAUUAAUAUAAUUAUGUAAAACAUGGUAUUGCAACAUCUUCUUGCUGUUAAGACUCCAGAUUGCAACUGUUGUGUUAAUUUUUUGUGAGAUCUGUCUUCACCUUGUGUGAACAGAUGUGGCUUAGUGACUUUAGGGUGUUGCUGUGUGAUGUCAAUAUUCAGACCUGUAGUGAAGCAGAGAGAAGCCUUUGGGAAAAUUCAAAAUAUUCUGUAACUCUAAAAUGAAGCACUGACAUCAGAAGCAGCUAUUACUGAAAUGUGUGGUAGUACUUUCAUGAAUGUAGUUGACAUAGAGCAGUUAUGUUUAGUUUUUGGCUAGUGCCAUAAAAGUUAUUGGAACAGUCUUUAAGACCUGGAAGAUAUACUUUUUUUAAUGUGUUGCAAUUUCCACCAUAAUCUUGGUAAUGUAGACAAAAUGUUCAAAUUCUAGUUUAGAAUUAAUGUGUAAUUAUUUUGCUAAUUCCUUAUAUCCAUAUAUUUCAAGGCAUAAGCUUUCGACAGCAGUAUUGGUGGGGGUGACUAUGUGUCCUCGAAGUGCCUGAGUUACGGGCUACAGAGAAAGAGGAAUAAUUUUUCCUGAUUCCUCACCCUUUUGGUGUUUGAACAAAAUUGGAGUACUUUUCUUUGAUGUCAUUUCUACAGUGAUAGGGUGGGGAGGGAGUCUGCUGUAGAUUUUCUUCUACCAGCUGAUUUGUUAUAUUGAAACCUUCUUACUUGCACUAAUAACAGCUCAGAUGAGGUCAGAUCAGCCUCCCCAGGUAAGUUUCACCUACAGCUGCCCUUAUGCCACAUACAGCUGGGAAAUAGAUUGUAUUUACAAUAAAUGUCUUUAUUUUGUUUCCUGUUGUACCUAACUUUUUCGGCUUAUAUGUAAAGAUAAAACUGAAAUGGAAAUACAACACUAAUUCUUGGAACUGCUUAGUUGAGAAAUCUGGAGACAUAGUACAGAAUAACUGUGUUGUCGACUGUAGGUGAGAGAACCGUUAAAUGAUAGAAGGCAAAGUAUGCGGUUUCCAUAUACAGAGGAGACCAUCAGUGUUAAACUAAACAAUAGAAAUCUUUCAGAAGUAUAGACUGUCUUCCUGAAAUCCUAGAAUUCAAACCUGUAGAAUUUUUCUAGGCUUUGAGGCACUUUGAGGAGGUGUUAUCCUUGUUAUGCACAGAUAUUUGAACUGUUUAAGCAAGUUAAAAUCACUGGAAAUGCAAUCAAUCUUUAAGCUCUUGUAUAUGCUGCAGGUAAACCUUGAUGUUUUCCUCCAGAAAAAACAAAAUGGAACAGAUUAUUUAUGCUUCCAAGCAAUUUUGUGGUGAAAAAAAAAAAAACAGCCACAAAUUUUCUCAAAAAUGUUUUAUAGGCUUCUUUCACCCAUACCUCCAAAAUUAUGAGGCUCUGUUUACAGGAAAACCAUCUGUAAGGCAAUCAUACAACUGGUAAUAAGUUUUGGAACAGUUUUGAUUUCUGAUAUGUCCAAUACCAUGUGGUUGAUGGAACAAGCUUCUUUGGCCUUACUCAGCUUGUAUCUAAUUUAGGUAGCUGAAUUGGUUCUCAUUGCAUUUGCAGACAAUAAUUAGAAAAUAAUCGUGGUUUUGUAUAUAUCGGUCUUAACUGUUGGAAAUUGCAGUUGUGAGUUAUGUUAUGAACAGCCCCUGAUGACAGGUGCAACACCAUCAAUACCAUGUCCAACUACUUGGGAAAAGCUGUUCUUAGAGCUGUUGUAAUAUACUUUCAAAAAUUUAGGAAAGAAUAUGCCACCACAGAGGCCAGUAACUGACCUGUGCAUAAACAGAACUAAAGUUCAUUUCAAGUUUAUUUAUCACUUUAAAAAAAUGAAGACAAGUAAUUAUGAAAUGUGUAACUGAGUAGCUGUGUAUGGAAAAAAUUUAUCCCUAUUUGAACUAAAGUAUUAAUAGGCCA